AUGGCCCUUCUCACCGACCUUCCAGUGGAGAUCCUCGAGCUGAUCCUUGAAGAAGUUGGUGGACGGAAUCUCCGCCGCAACGUGGACAACUUGUUGCUUUGCCGCAGGUGGUACGAUGUAGCCAUCUCCGUCUUUCAUUCCGGGCUUGAGAUAUCGAGCAUUAGAAUCCAUGGCUGCGACGUUGAGCGUCUGAAGGACCAGCAGAAGUCGUACAAGCAACGCUUGCUGAUGCACAAGAACGCGCGUGAAGUCAACGUGAGACUACUCGGGUACUGGUGGGAUGACAAAACCAAGCAGGUAUUUGAGAGGCCUGUCUGGCCACAGACACUGCGCUGGCAGGAUCAGAUCGAUCUGCCAGAUCUACUCAACGAGCCUCCCGAAGCCGUCAUCAACAAUCGUCGUCACCCCCUGUCUGAGUGGCAUCGCACGUCUUUGGCACCAGCGAUCGAGAAGCUUUCCGAAGACUUGCGCCGCUGCGAGACAUUAGACUCUCUCAGCUUCGAAGCACUCAUCGACUGGGAUGAUCCUUGGUCUCCCAAGUACCCAUUCCUUUCCUCAUCGUUGGCGGGAAGGCUCAUCGGCAGCCUCCCGGUGGCGCAGAGACUGAAGAGAUUGACACUGGACCUGGCUUCUGGUCUGGACUACGACGAAACUGACUGUGCACACGUCUGCGAGGAUGUGGCCAGAAUCCUUCAUCUCGUCGAAUGCGUUCGCUUGCGUCUCGCGCUAAUCUGCCCGUGCAUCUUUGAGCUGCCGAAAACCGUGGAGAAGGAGGACAUCCGGCUCAAGAGCCUUGUGUUGAAGCUCAAUCAGCCAUAUCCCAACGUCACCAGGAACCGCAUCUCAAGAGCUUGCACGCCAGUCGUUGAAUGGCCAGGCUUCGGUGGUGGAUUGCACGACGGAGUGACAAGUGCCGCGCGAGGAUAUAUCCGAGCGCUCUGCGAGGCUCAUACGGCUGGCGGCCAUGGUGAAGCAGAGCAGUGGAACGGAUCGCCGCAGCACAUCAGAUCGAAGGGUCUUGAGAUGUUCCGCAUCUCGAACGCCCCCGCGCAUGCAUCGCGGCUUGUAGUUCUCGACUGCAUCGAGAUGCGAUAUCUCCACCUAGGUGCUGAUGCUCACCCCGAUGAGGAUAGAGGAUGGCCACACUGGUUUGAGGAGGAAGAGAUAACGUCUGAGACACUUAGUUAUGGGUAUCCCUGA